UCAAGCAGUUAUCUGUCCUCCUGGCCUGCAUAUUCACCAAGCCACACUGUCCUGCCUAAAAGGAAGCCUUGCGAUCGCCCUGAAUGGAAAAGAACCGCCAAAGGUCAAUUUGGUCUUCCCGCUUCAAAGCCACGCUACCUUGAAUUGCUGGAAUCCCACCUGCGGACAGAGCUGCAGUCUCUGGAUCUCACAAAAGGGAGAGCUCAGGAACUUAGACUCCAGCCUUAUAGAGAAGCAUUUGAGUUCUUCAUGGAAGAAUUCAAAACCUACAAGCCCUUGUUGGCAUCUAUCAAGCAUGAAUACGAAACAACUAUAGCACACCUGAAGGAGAAAAUAUACUCCUUGGAGUCGGUGAAUGCCUACUUGGUUACGGUCUCCGACCAAUGCACUAAGAAGAUCCUGGCCUUUCAGGAGCAAGAGAAAGUUGAAAUAGCACAGCUGAAGAAGGAGAGGAUCUACCUGCUAAAGCUCAUUGACCAAAUGAAGGAGGAGAAAUGUUCUUUGGAAGUCCAGGUGCAUAAGCUACGGAGGGCAGUGGCUGAGGAAAACCUCCGCUACCUGAAUGAGUGCGAUGCCCGCAAGCUGCUCCUGCUGGAUCUUAAUGAAAUGUACCGACUGAAGGAGGAAAUGAAGCUCACUACGAAAGUCCAAGAUGAGAAGGGAGAAGAUCCGGUGACAUUAACACUUGCUUUGAAGACAGCUCGGCGGGACCUCACUAAAGCUCAAGUCGAGCUGAACACCAUGAAAGCCAACUAUGGGGACGUGGUGCCCAGAAGAGACUUUGAAUCUCAGGAGAAAAAAUAUAACGAGUUGGUUGAAAAGAUGAUGGUUCUCGAGACAGAGUUUCAAGAUGUCCAAGAAGAAUACAACACAAUGCUGGACGUUCACAGGCAGAUUGCGGAGGAGCGAGACCAAUUCUACAACGAACUUAUCAACGUCCAGCGCAUUUCCACACCCCGUCCCGACUGGGAUAAAUGCGCAGAUGUGAUUGCUGGCGGCCGUGAACGCUGGAACGCUCUGUCCGAAGGCAAGACUAGUGACCAGCUACUGGAUGUGCUUCUGGAAGAUCUUGGGGCAUUGAUACUGAGAGAGAAGGAAACCUUCGUGCCACUGGGCAAAAGUGACAGAGUCCCUGUAUAUCUGAGGUACGAUGGCCUGGUUCGAAACAAGAAGCUGACCAAGAAAGAAGUUGUGGCUAUCUUAAGGGAAAUCUGGAGAGAGAAGAUUUUAAUAGACCAACAGAAAGGAAAGCGAUCCAGCCUGUCAGAAUUCUUCCUCAACUUUUUCCAAAGAAAAUACGGUGAUACGAUUGCUUUUGACUGGACGUACACUACCUAUGAAGUGAUGAAGCUCUAUCGGUCCAACGAAGCAAUGUCCAUGUUUUUAAGCAUACUGAAUGGAAACCUCGAUGAAGGGAUAUACCACAGCCAACUCCAGCAGCUCGCCACUCUGUUAAAGGAAUUGACUAAUGUGGACACGGCCAAUUCGGGCCAAUUGACCAGCGAACAAUUCAUUGUUGCCCUAAAGUCAGCUUUCCCCUUAAAGACCGAUGAACAGAUUCAGGAGUUAGUAGAUGCAGCAGGCUACAGGCCAGAAACUCCCGAGGAUUUCAUUCUCUACAGACUCUUAUUCUUGGAGGAUGAGGAGGGGAGGCCGGAACCCCUGGUUUCAAAGAUAAAGGAUCAAUAUGUCAAUGAAAAACAGGCCUAUCUCCAUGACCUACGUGCCGAGUUGGGAAACAUGGAAGUGAGACCAGAUGACCUGAGGGCAGCUUUCUGUAUAGUUGACCCCGGCUUGCCUGACCAAACCCUGGAGUUAUACCUCACCCAUGUUUUCCAAACUUCCAAAGAGCAACUGGAUUCCGCUUUCUCAUUGCCUGUAGAAAUGGUGAUGCUGAGGCUGGCAGGGCUAGACCUCAAACGACAAGGAACUAUUUCAGGAGAGGCAAGGGGUGCGCCGCCUGCAGCAGAAGAAAUAGAGUCUGUCAGCUGACCUGUAUCAUCUUUUGCAUUCCCUUCCCUCCUCUUACCUGAACAGUAAAUUGUAGAAUGAUACUGCCUUGAAAAAACCCUCGGGUGAUAUUUAGCCCAAAUGUCCUAAAUUUUUGUUGUUGUUGUUAGGGCUUCUGGCUGUAGCAAUAAUCCCGAAUCAUCUCUCCCCCCACCCCACCCCUCGUCCCCGGUAGAAGACAAGACCACUCUACAGAAUCAAGGUCUGCUAUGAGAUUCUUCAUCAUCUGUGUUUGCUUGGUUCUUGUAAUUAUGUGAGCAUCCCAUUCAGACCGUAUCAUUUCCCAAACGCAUUAACCAACCUCAGGGUAUAAAGAAGAGAGACUGAGUUUCUUUCUGACACAGGCUAGAAGUUCAAACUGGUGUAACUCCUCUACCCUGUCUAUGGACUUCCUUCUCGAUCACAUGAAGAAACCCUAAUCAAGAACUAGUCACUUAAACUGAAUGUUGAAACUUUGUGGCAGACAGGUUUAGAACAUCUUUUUUAUUUGCUGACCCUGUUGGGAUUUCCAUGUGUAGAUAAAACUGUUCCAUCUCUUCCUGGCAGCGAACACAGUAUUUAUGCUAAUUAGUCUUGGUCUGCUAAAACUAGAGCAGCUCAUUGUGUGUUUGAAACUUGUCUGUACAAAUAUGGGGGUUAGGGCUUGUAAAACGACUGGCAGUAUUACCUGCAGGCAGAAGAUAGGGUAUUAAACUAUUAAACAUUA